CGCAUCAACACCAUCUUCAGCAUGACGGUGAUUGUCCAAUUUCGACCAUGAAGACUUCGUUCAUCACCGCCGCGUUGGCCGUUGCCGUCUGUCUGCUCUCAAAUGCGCCAGUAACCUCUGCCGGUGUGUCCCUCCGCGGCGACAGCCACGCCGACGCCGGUAGCCAAGUCGCAGCAUUUGAACGCCAUUUAGCCGCGCAAGUCGCGAUGAAGGCUGCAACGACCACUAAGAAGCCCAAACCCACCAAGAAGCCCAAGACCACCAAGAAGCCCAAGACCACCAAGAAGCCCAAAACCACCAAGAAGCCAAGGGCCAAGAAGCCAAAAACCACAAAGAAGCCAAGGGCCAAGAAGCCAAAGACCACAAAGAAGCCAAGGGUGAAGUCAGCGAACAAGAAUAACCCGGCGCCCAAGCCGAGCACCCCUGCGACGACGAGCGCAGUGACAAACUUGGCCAAGUCGGCCAAAAAGGACGAAGUCAAGCCCACGAAGAACGGCGCGGCGGGCUUUGCGCUCUUGUCGACCGUGAUGAUACUCGCCAUGGCCACAUCGCUCGUUUAAUUCUAUCAACCCAUUGUUACCGCUAUAUAUCGCUUUCUAGUUGCCUGAAUAUCCAAGUCAAUUGAUAUUGAACCUAUACGUGUAAUUACUCCCAGUACCAUCUUGACA